GCGGAUCGAAACGGUGCUGAAAUCUCACAGGUGUUGUAGAGAGGUCGCCUGGACUCGUUCACUCAGACCUGUUCGGCUAAUCGGCUAAACUAUUACAUCCAAUCAAAUCUCAACUCUUUUCAUUCUUUUUUUUUGUCCCGGUCUCAAAUUUUUCUGUUUAUAUCGACUUUAACCUUUUGCACUAUUUUACCGCAGAUGAUUUUUUUUGUUUCUUUGUUUGUUUUGUUUGAAGGAAUAAUGUCUAUUUGUGUCGAUUUUCCUCCGUUAGCUAUCAAAGAUAUCAAAUAUUAGAUUAUCACGCUGCAGUAAGCUAACGCGCGUGGGGGGGGAAACAAAGUCCACAGGAGGUGAGCGCGCGCUUCCCGCGCUCUGCGAGUGAGAGGCUUUCGUCCGCUCGCGCGCAGUCAUUAACGGUCGCUGCUGGGAGUGUGUGUCUGACAACGACAGGAAAAAAAACAUUUCCCAAGUAGUAUCAUCAUCAUCAUCAUCAUCAUCACCAUCAUCAUCCUCAAGAGAGAGAAAGAGAGAGAGAAAACAGACAUCUUAAAACGUUUUAACGUUGCCCACGAAAAGCCGGGAUCUGUCUCUAAAUCAAGACAUUUUUAUAAUAUCCUAAGAAAUCAAAGGCUCUUUGCUCAGCCGAAACUCCCAGAAACACAUACACGAGUCUUUUUUUUUUUUUGGACAUUUACUUCAUUUCUCAUGCAGCAUUCCUACGUCAUUAAGUUAGUUCUGGAUAUAUCUACAGAGAAACAUUAGUCCUGCUUUAGCAAACAUAUCAUUUUGUGACUACACUUACUGAUCUGUGAUUACAGAGAGCCUUAAAGAAACUUUUGAGAGAGGGAAUGAAAGAAAGGAAAAACAAGUCAACUUCUUUUCAAAUCAGCAAAAUUUCAUGAUAUAAUCACUACAGUAAUUGUUUUGCCCAUAGUAUUGCAGUAAAUCUACUAUUAUUAGGAAUCCAGAGCUCACUUGUAUCUUUGUAUUCUUUUUUUCCUUCCACUCCGUUAUAUUUUCAACUGCCACCCUUCAGUCUCUCUUCCUUUCCUUCCUGUAAUCCCUUAGCCCCAUUUCCUCUCUGUAUGCUCCACACUCUUCUCAGCCCGUUCACCUCAUCCAUAAAUUCAUCCAUUAUUCUUGUCCCCAUUGCUCUUAUCCUUCCUUAGACAUCUUUGUUGCUGGCAUUCAUUUUUAUACACAGAAAAAAAAAACAUAAUCCCCCUUUUCAUACUGCCAGUGUGUGUUUUUUUUGCACUACACCAUCCACACUGGCGGGCACCAUUCCGCCCAAAGGAGAAGAGGACUUUCUUGCGCUGGCCGCCUCUCGGCUCAGCCGCCGCAAGCGCGUCAUUGGGGCGGCAGUAGGUGUGGCCAUGGUGCUUAUUCUCUUGGUUGCCAUACCUCUAUUGGUUCACAGCACCAAAGGGGGUGGAGCUGGGAGUGCCGGAAGUCAUUAUGAAAUGCUUGGCAGUUGUCGCAUGGUCUGUGACCCCUACACCACAUCACAACAUGGCCAGGAAUUGACAUCUGUAUCACCGCGGCCUCCUGAGAUCACAAGCCGAAGAGGGAAGCCUGGAUACAGAGGGCCUCCGGGACCCCCAGGUCCACAAGGACCCCCUGGAGAGCCAGGAAAGCCUGGACCACAAGGACCCCCAGGACCUGGCCCAAAUGGUUAUGUGCCAUCUAUCUACACCCCAAAAAUUGCUUUCUAUGCAGGCCUGAGGAAGCAGCACGAAGGAAGUGAAGUGCUCAAGUUCGACGAUGUGGUCACCAAUGUGGGCAACUACUAUGAACCCACGACUGGAAAGUUCACUUGUCCCCUCCCUGGCAUCUACUACUUCACCUACCACGUUCUCAUGAGAGGAGGAGAUGGAACCAGCAUGUGGGCAGACCUAAAAAAAAAUGGACAGGUGAGGGCCAGUGCUAUCGCCCAGGAUGCAGACCAGAAUUAUGACUACGCUUCUAACAGUGUGAUCCUGCAUUUGGAUGUAGGGGAUGAGGUGUGUGUGCAACUAGACGGGGGCAAAGUCCACGGGGGAAACACCAACAAAUACAGCACCUUCUCCGGGUUCCUCAUCUACCCUGACUGAUUAUUCAUUACUACAUAACUGCUCACAAUGCUGCUCAGUAUAUACACACACACACACACACACACACACACACACACACACACACACACACACACACACACACACACACACACACACACACACAGACCUGAAAUAAGGGACAUGCACAUGUUUUGAUGCUGGGGGCAUAAGGGCUUCCCUGACAUGAUAUCAUGAGCAAGUUGUUACUUUCAUUAAGCAGGUUCUUUUCAGACAUGUUGUUUGUAUGAGUAUGCAAAUGAUGGUAAUAUGCUCUACUUAUAUGAAUGCAAAUUUCCAAAAAAAAAAAAAAGUGUAUAAUAGAUAAUGCGUAUAGAAAUAUAUCUACUGAAGUGUUAUCCUCCCUCAGCACUUACAGCAUUAGGUGUACAUGUGUUGAUGUUAUACAAGUCGCAUCAUUUUUUGCGUGUCUCACUUCAGUAUUUAAUUUCCUUCACACGUCUCUGGGUGCACGUUCCUGAAGUUGGACAAAGCUGUUAUACACACAGCCAAGGCUUGGUGGAAGAGAUUUCCAUGGUCUUGUUUUCACUAACAGGAGGACUGAUUGGAUAGCGUGGCACAGUUCAAUACAAUGACAUAUGUAUGCGCACACACACCACCACUGUGGGCCUGUGAUUAAUCUAAGUUCCCUGGUUCAAUUAAUUUGACUUAAAGUGAUCGCUUUGGCUGUCAGUGUGGAAUUGGAGAUACGGCCUGUGCGCAUGGACAUGCGGGGUGUGUGUGUGUUCAAACACACAGUGCUUGAGCUGUGUGAAAAUAGAUUAUCAAUGUGUCUGAGCCCUGCCCCAGAAUAAAGCAUUGAUAUACUGGCGUAGCUAUCUCCAGCUUGACUAAUGAUAAAAUCUGACCAAAAUAGGAAGUAAUAUAAUCCAAAGAUUCUGUCUAAAAGGUGUUUUUUUUUUUUGCCUUACAAAAGCUAACAGUGAUGAAGUACACUGAUUUUAUUUAAAUUAAACAAAUUGGUUUAAUUGCUAAAAGUAUCUGUUCAUGCUUCGUUAAACUCUUCUCAUGUGAUAAUUGAAAUGUAAUGACUGCUAAAUUAAGCAAAUCAGAUCUGAAAAAAAAAAUGAAAAGGAAAUGCUCAACAUUAGCAGCGAUUUGUAUUUUGUUUAUGCAAAUUUUGAACGGGUAAUAUAGCUACAUUUUCCAACUAUAAAUGGAUUUUUGAAUUCUCUGAUUGUAUUGUAUUUUAUGUGUUUGUAAAAGUAUAUCAUGGCCAAAUGCAUAUUAAUUAUUUAUUUUAUUUUUCAAAAAAUAUUUUUUUCAAAAAAAUUAACAUUUAGGGCAGUCCUGAGUGUGUGUUUGUAAUACAGUAUGUUUCAGUUGUAGCAGAAAUUAUACAGAUUCUCUGCAUCAUACGGUGUUCCUGUAAUUUUACUGAACUGUGUAAUCAGAAAUGGUCGAUUCUGGAAAUCUUACAGUAAUUCUGUGCACAAUGGGAUUUGGCAGGACACAAGUGAAGCUAUGUGCAAAUAUAACAAAAUGCAAAUACACAUCAAUACAUCCAUAAAUCAAGCUUCAUUUCGUCUCAUAACAACAACUCUAUAAUAAAGAAUGUGUAAAUAGCA